UCCAGCUAAUCAAAACCAAUAAAAGGUUCAAUCAUUACUAAAAUUUAUCAGCAUAACAGAUAGAAUCACAAAAAAAAAAACAUUCUCUUCAAUUAUUUUGUUUCUGGGUUUUUGAAAAGCUGAUUAAAUUGAGGAUUUUGAAAGGGUUUUUCAUCAAUAAAAAAAUUAAGCAUCAUGGGAAGGGUAAUGAGGAGCUGCAUACAAUCGAUACUGAAAUUAUUAAAUUCUUUGAUAGGAAUGAUUGGUUUAGCAAUGAUGUUGUACGGAGUUUGGCUGAUUAGGGUUUGGCAGAGAGAAAUGGGUGACUUACCCUUUGAUGAUGAUUCUGAUGAUUUUGCUCCUUGGUUCAUUUAUACUUUCCUUGGCCUCGGAGCUGUUUUGUGUGUGAUUACAUGUGUAGGUCAUGUUGCUGCUGAAACUGCUAGUGGUUGUUGCCUUUAUCUAUAUAUGUUGUUUGUCUUUGUUCUCUUUAUGCUCGAGGCUGGAGUGACUGCUGAUGUAUUUCUAAACCGUGACUGGGAAAAGGACUUUCCAAAGGAUCCUACGGGGAGCUUUGAUCAGUUCAAGGAUUUCAUCAGGACAAAUUUUGAGAUUUGCAAAUGGAUAGGCUUGUCAGUUGUGUCUCUCCAGGGAUUGUCAUUCUUGCUAGCAUUGAUACUCAAAGCUCUUGGGCCACACCAAUAUUACAACAGUGAUGAUGAAUUUGCUCCAGACAGAGCUCCACUCCUAAACAAUGCUGUUAUCCCCCCUCCUUACGUUGUUGGCAGUCCUGUUGUUGGAUCCAGAAGUGAUGCUUGGAGUAUAAGAAUAAAUGACAAGGUAAAUCAGUCAAGCAGGUGACGGGAUUUGCCGAAGCCAGGUGUGGAUAUGGAAGAAUCGGGACUCGGAGGCCAAAUGAACAUCAUACUACUGUUAAUGUAUCUGUCAGCAGCUUUAACAUUGGAAUGCAAAACUUAUGGAGGCAUCAAGAAAUUGAAUGCAUGUAAUUGAUGUGAAUGAUGGAGUGGCUAUGCUGUUCUUCCUAGGUUUGGUGUAUAAAGUAUAGUUUGUGAAUUAUACAAAAGACACGAUGCAUGAGUUGUAAAUUAAUCUGUUUGCGUUUCUUUUUCUGCUAA